CUCGAGACUUACAAUACACAUUUAUCACUACAUAGAACCAGCCUUGUGUAAGCUUAGAUAGUGUAGAUAAUUGGGGUAAGCUUCACACUAUUGUAUCAGAAUAGUUUUAUAACCAUUUGUCAGUUUCGUAUUACAUCGCACAAUUCCAAACGACUUUUGUUUUUAGGUAUUACAAAACAAAACGAAAGGUUCGUUAAUAUCAAGUAUAGAGAUACAAUUAAGAAGUAUCUUUGCCAGCAUGGACGAAUUAACUAAUGAUGUAGCCAGCCUGCAGAUAGCUCCAAACGGGAUCACGAAUAGCGCGAGUAGCACGACAGACCAAGUGAAUAGAAUUUUAUUGCCCACUCUAGGUAGUUCCGAUUCAAAGAAGAAAGACAAAAAGCAUACCCGGAAAAAACAUCCCGGAAGUCAGCGUCAUGGCGAAGACGAAGGUGAAAUUGAUGAAUGCUUUGCUGCUCAAGCAUCGGAGGGUUCGAGGUCAUUGAAAGGGAAGGCUCCCAACAAAGCUCGAAAUAAGCAUCGCAAUUCCAAGGAAAACCCCUCAAAUAAGUCGCGUUCGCAUGGAGAUGUACAUAACACACCUAAAUCACCCAGUGCGAAGCGUAAGAAUGGGGAUAACCGACAGCCUCACAAGGGGAACAAUAAUAGCAAUAGAGGAAGCAAUAGCCACAGAGUGAACAAUAGUCAAAAACAUGCGCUUCAUUUCGAGACCUACAUCACGGAGCAGGAAGGAGUACGUAAGCUGAAAGCGGGAGAGGUGUUCGUCGGUAAAUUAAGAAUCAACCAGAAGAACUACAGGGAGGCAUACGUCCCAGUGGCUGCAUUAGAUGGCGAUGUGCUGCUUCCGUCACAGCAUCAUCGCAAUCGAGCCUUGCACGGAGAUGAGGUCAUGAUUGAGCUACUGCCACGCGACGAAUGGAGACCAUUGAAGGCCGACUUUGCGAAUGCUAUGAUCCUUACAGAGACGGAAGAACGACAGUUGACUGACGACGCUAAGGAGUACCCUUCGGAAUUCCUGCGAAAAACCGGAAGGGUGCUGCGGAUUGAGCGAGAGGUCCAUAAUAGAAUUGUUAUCGGAGUGUUUAUGCCACUGAAUGGGCCCCGUGUGGAUCAGGGCCAUUUUGGCUUCAGACCUUUGGACACCAAGGUUCCCCGAUUGAUGAUUCCGGUGGACACGGCUCCCACUGAUCUGAUAAACGCAGACUCAAAAGAGUUGACAGAGAAAUACAAAACCCAAUUAUUUAGCGCGAAGAUCCGUGAGUGGCACAAGAAAUCCAUGAUGGCAAUAGGAGAACUAGGAGAAAACUUGGGUGAGAACGGGGAUGUAGAUGCAGAGACUAAGGCGCUUCUGGUGCAGUAUGCCGUGGAGACCGCUCCUUUCUCAGAUGAAGCAAUUGCUUGUCUGCCACCUACGCCUUGGAGUAUUCCGGCUGAAGAAUAUGAAACGCGGACGGAUCUACGUCACGAACGUGUUUUUACCAUUGACCCAGCCACCGCAAUGGAUCUCGACGAUGCUCUUUCAAUCAAACGCAGUGACGACGGAGGAUUUAUUGUGGGCGUUCAUAUUGCAGACGUGACGUUCUUUGUGAAGGCGGACACUGCACUAGAUGCAGAGGCUGAACGGCGGGCUACAACUGUCUAUCUUGUGCAACGAAACUAUCCGAUGCUGCCAAGAUUACUGUGCGAACAGCUGUGUUCGCUGAAUCCUGGUGUUGAGCGACUAGCAUUCUCUGUUUUCUGGAGAAUGGACGUACAUGGCAAAGUCCUCGAUACCUGGUUUGCGAGGUCCAUCAUCAAGUCGUGUAUCAAGAUGAGCUAUGAAGAUGCACAGCUCUGUAUAAGCAAGGACGCGGCAGGAAAUACUUUUGAAGGUAUCGCUGCAGAGAUCCCUGAAGUAUCUGGAGAUCAUACUGCGAUGGAGUGUGCGGAAGAUGUAAUACUAUUGAACAACUUAGCGCUCCAGAUGAGAAAGAGGCGCUUUAAUAAUGGCUCGCUUAAGUUGGACAAUGUGAAGUUGAUGUUUCGUCUGGACGAAAGUGGGCUACCGGAAGACUUCCGAACUUAUGAGCAGAAAGACUCGAAUCGAUUAGUAGAAGAAUUCAUGUUGUUGGCGAAUUGCAGCGUCGCUCGACAAUUGCAUGAUAAACUACCAUCACAUGCGUUCCUUCGUCGACAACUUGGACCAGACGAGAAACAAAUUAGCAAAGCAGUUGCAGCACUGGCAGCCUGUGGAGUUGUCAUUGAAGGCCGAAGUUCGGCUAAAAUACACGAGUCGCUUAUGAGAAUGGCGAAAGAAGAAAUUCGGAAGAAGGAAACGAAGCAGGUGACGUAUGACCUGAACAACGAAGCGGCGAAGAAAACUGUUGUGCAAUUCCUUACCAAGCCUAUGAAGCUUGCAGAAUACAUCUGUGAGGGCGCGGCGGUAAAAAAGGCUUACGCGGUAGAACUGCAGAAGGCGGUGAUAUUGGACAAAAACACACCUCAAGAAGAUAAGCCGGUCUAUGACUUCGAUGAAAUGACUGUUGACGAGAUUAAAGAAUUAUUGGAGAAUCGGGGUGAGAAGAUGCACCACAAUGAGGUGGUUAUGAAUACAACCCGUCAUUAUGCAUUGGCGAUGCCUCUCUACACACACUUCACGUCGCCUAUACGCCGUUAUGCUGAUGUGGUGGUACAUCGUAUGCUAUGGUCCACCUUGAUACAAUCGUCAGAAAAGUUGCGAAGUCCGGCAGUUCUCGCCAACAUUGCAAAGCACUGCAAUGAACAAAAACAAGCUUCUAAGAGCGCCCAAGAACAGUCUGACAAAAUAUUCUUAUGCUCUCUUCUGAGGGUUCGUGGGGGUAUGCGUAAGGAAGCCGUGGUGGUUGGAGUCUUGGACGCUGCCUUCGACGUGUAUAUUCCUGAUUUUGGCAUAGAGCAGCGUGUACAUUUCGAUAAGCUGGAUGGCUUGCGAGAAGAUUUGGUGAAUUUUUCUAAGCAAAGUAAGGUUCUUGAGCUACAUUGGGGGCCAAACGUGCCGGCAAUUCAUUUUAUAGGGAUGACUGAGGACACGGGAGUGCAAACUAUUCAUAUGUUCUCCAGGAUAUACGUCCUGGUAGAGAGCGAUAAUACCAUCGUACCGGUCACGCUCAAAGUGACACCGGUGAGGUACAAAGAUGAAUCGUCAAUUGCCAAUCCAUCGUUGGAAUUAUAAUUUAUUAAUCGUUAAGAUAGUAUAGAAGGCUAUGCUGAAACAGGCUGUUGACUUAAAAUAUUGUAGUGGAUCCUACUAAUAAACUGACAGUUGGGCAGUGUUACUGAUUAAUGUGCCCGAAUUAUACGCGGGCGUAUUCUGAAGUCCACAUACAAAAAAUUAUCAACACAUAUCUAACAAUAUUUACGUGCAAAUAAGCAUGUAUGAUAUAAAUACAAGUAUGUGAAUGUACUUCAUAUACAAAUAAAGAUCACAAACAGCUACAGAUGCGAAUAGGUUAUAGUACAAGUAUGAUUGUACCCUUGGGGUUCAUUUGACUUCAAGUCCUAAGUCACUAUUUGAAUUCAUUAAAGAACGUUGUUAAGUUAUGAACCAUAAAUGUCUUCUCAUAUCAACCCACAUGACGCAAAUAUGG